AUGGGCCCUCCAAGUGGCCCUCCACGGAAUUCAAAGCGGAACAAUAGGCCUAGACCUAGGGUGCUUGCGAGCGAAUCUGCAGACGAAGAGAUGUGCACACCGGCUAAUAGACCUACUGCACUCAGAUACAUCAGCAGUAGUAGUAGAGGUGGACACAGCGGCACUAGAUCUGCUCGAUCUACAAGUACCUCAGCGGUCGAAGCUAGUGUUAUUUUGGCUUUAUCAGAAGGUAGAGGUAUGGCUCGAGGUGAGAUCGGAAUAGCUGCUGUCGAUUUGAAACAUCCACGUUUAGUACUGUGUCAGUUCAGUGACACCUUGCUGUACACCCAUACGUUAACGAAAAUAAACUAUUUUAAUCCUGUAGAGAUUAUAGUGCCACACACAUUCUGUGAAGGAGUUCAGCCCAUUCAACUAUACCAGCUGAUUAGGGAGCAUUAUCCCCUAGUCAACCUAACCACUGUACAGAGAAGGCACUUCAACGACGCAGUCGGCAGACAGCAAAUUCAAACCCUUUGCGCUCCUGAAUACAGCGCUGUAUAUCUGCAGGUGUUACACAAGUUCUACGCACUGACAGCGGCUGCAGCGGUCCUUAAAUACGUUGAAUAUAUUCAAUGCCUCGUUUUUGCUAGAGAUUCGCUAAAAAUCGAAUAUCAUUCUUCUGAGAACACGAUGAUUAUCGAUGUCGGCACAGCUACUCAGCUGGAGUUAGUCCAGCCGUUGGUUCUAUCUGCCGGCCCCACAUGCUGCCUUCUGGGAGUCCUAGGUCCUACUUACACUGUUGGAGGUAUCAGGGCCCUUAGAGCCUGUAUUCUACAACCAUCGUGUAAUAAGGAAUUUAUUGAAAAUAGAUUAGACGCAAUACAGGAUCUGAUCGAGAAUGAAACUGGAUUAAUGUCAAGUUUACAGAAUGUAAUAAAGAAGUUGUCAGAAAUUGACAAGAUUCUAUUCCUUUGCGUGGAGACUCCAAACCAAAAUAUGGACAAGUUUGGAGAAGCGCAAUUGAAUCAAACUUUACUCCUAAAGACAACGAUGGACUUAGUUCCAAAUCUCGUUGAAGCACUAAACACGGCAAUGAGUGGAAGACUUCAGAAAAUUAAAAUGGACUUUGAAAAUCCAAAUUACAAUGAGAUUGCAUCCCGUAUAAAAAACAUACUUCAAGAAGAUGCACAUUUAGAAAAGGGUUCUAUGGGUAGUUUACAGAGAUGUUUUGCGGUCAAGCCAGAAAUAAAUGGUCUAUUAGAUGUAGCUAGAAGAAUGUAUUCAGAACUGAUAGAGGAUAUACAGAAGAUGGUGGAACAUCUAGGCGAAACGUAUGAUUUGCCACUUAGAGUGAAUCAGAAUAUGCUGAAAGGAUUUCACAUAAUGAUGCCAAUUGCACCGAAAAAUAGAAGGACCUUUAGUGUUGACGAUUUACCACCCAUAUUCAUCAAGGUACACAACAGUGGUGCCAGCGUGUCCAUGACCACUGAGGAAUUAGUCGUGAUGGACCGGCAGGCUAAGGAAUCCUUGAACGAAAUACAAAGAAUGAGUAACAUUGUUAUAUCUGGUCUGCUGAAAGAAUUACGACCGUUUAUGUCCAGUCUCUACAAACUGUGUGAAAAUGUAGCCGAACUGGAUAUUUUGCUUGCAAUGGCGCAGGCUAGUAUAGUGGGAUCAUACAUAAGACCGGAGUUCAACAACUACACUGAUAUAAGGAACAGCGUACACCCUCUCCUAGAUUACAACAGCCAAGUCAUGCCCGUACCCAAUGAUAUCUACGCAAGUCCAGAGCAAAACUUCACAAUAAUCACUGGACCGAACAUGGGCGGCAAAAGUAUAUAUAUAAAACAAAUUGCUAUUAUGCAAGUAAUGGCGCAGUUGGGCUGUUUCUUACCAGCCACAAAUGCAGUAUUAAGAUUAAGCGAUAGAAUUUUCUCGAGGAUUGGAUUCAAUGAUAGCGUUGAAUUGAACGCAUCCACAUAUGUGCUUGAGAUGAAAGAAAUUCAACACAUACUGAAAAGUCUAACUUCUUCUAGUUUAGUUAUUAUCGACGAAUUAUGCAGAGGAACCUGUACUGAAGAAGGAACCAGUAUAGCCUGGGCCAUUUGCGAAGAACUGCUCAAGAGUGAUGCCUUUACGUUUUUUACCACGCACUUCAUAUAUUUGACAAGACUUCAAGAUUUAUACUACAAUGUGGUCAAUCGCCAUACUACAGUAAAAAAGGAAGCUAUAUCAGAUACAGAAUCAUCGCAGGAGAGACUUGUGUAUCAACACAAGGUGGAACUAGGAACUACAGAUAUUGAGUGUUACGGUUUGGCUUUAGCUGCUAAAACCAACUUACCAAAAGACACUGUGAAAUUGGCCGGUGAACUGGCAGAACUCAUAGCUGAAACAAGAAAACCUCGACAUAUAGCAACACCACAGAGGAGUGACGAACAAAUUCUUUACAAUUUGAACGCUGACUUAAGAUUACAAUCAAGAAGAAAUGAGAACUCAGACGAAAAUUCAUUAAUAAUACGAAAAUUUAAAGAAAGUAACCCCCAACUGAUACAAAGGCUAAGGGGUCAACAUAACAUAAGCGACAAACGAGACAGUAAUACUAAUAAUUCUUCAAUUCCUAGUUUCUCGUUUUUACGGUGUGAUUCUUUGGAUUAUGUCUCCAAUAUUGACAACAACAAUAAUAAUGAUAAAAGUAGCAAUUCAAACAAUGAAGGAGCAGAAUUGGUACCUAUAGCUCAAAAUAUAAUGAAUGUAGAUACAAAUGUUGUAAAUAACGAAACAACUGAUAACUCUUUAAAUAAUGUUAACAGAAAGUUUACAUUAGUAAAAUCAUCCAAUGAACUUCUCAAUACUAUGAUUACUAGAGACGAUGAUAAUUUAAAAAGUCUGUAUUCUCAAAAUAGUAAUAAGGAUAUAAGACUCGUUGAAUAUCAACAAAGUAUGGAAUUAGAUGUAAAUGAAAAUGAACACAUAAAUAGUUCUCUACAUAUAAGUAACGUUGAUAGUAAUUAUACUAAUAAUUAUUUAGUGGUGAAUGUAAACAAUGAAAUUGAACUUGGUAAUACAGAGGAUCUUAGUCAAAUAGCAAGCAGUGAUGACUCAGACUUAGCAGAAGCUCUUACACAGGUUUUGAAUGAUAGUUCCGUUGAUAGAGUUUCUAAAAGCAAUAGCGACAGUAUGUCAAUUGAUGAGGAAUUAUUAAGGGAGACUGUUGAAGAAAUUAAUCAAGAAUUAUUUACAAUUAGCAUUGAAAGUAUUAUUCUUACACCACCUAGAGAGUUUUGUGACUGCUAA